UCUCGUUGGUUGUCGGAGGCCCAGACGUCUCACGCUGUGCAGUAGCAGUCAUGCCUGGUGACAGCCGCCGUGUCCGGGGCCCGGAGGAAUCUCAGAGCCCGUUAUUGUACGCCGUCUCCGAGCAGCCCCAGGCGGAGAGGACGGGUCGUGGCGCCGGGGAGCCUCGGGCGGUGUUUGUGCGGGCCGGGCUCCUCAGUCAAGCUGCGGGAUCCGCUUAUGUGGAGGCUGGGGGCACGAAGGUGCUGUGCGCGGUGUCCGGGCCCCGGGAGUGGGGCGGCGGGGGCAGAGAGAGCCGGGGCCGCCUGGUGUGUGACCUGCGCUGGGCCCCGUUCUCCCGGGCCGGGCCCUGGUCGUCAUCGUCGUCCUCCUCCUCCCCCCGUCAGGCCGGUCUGCUGCUGCAGGAGAGCCUGGAGGCAGCGGUGCGACUGGAGCGGUACCCCCGGGCGGAGCUGGCGGUGUGGGCGCUGGUGCUGGAGGACCGGGGCUCCGCCGUGCCCGCCGCCGUCUCCUGCGCCUCCCUGGCCCUGGCGGACGCCGGAGUGGAGAUGUACGACCUGGCGGUGGGCGCGGGGCUGAGCCGGGGCCCCGGGGAGCUGCUGCUGCUGGAUCCGGACGACGCCGAGGAGAAGGCGGGGGCCACCAUGUAUCUCACCCUGCUGCCGACCCUCAACCAGGUCUCCGGCCUCCUGUGCAGCGGCGAGUGGGAGGGUGACAGCUCGGUGGCAGCCGUCCGGAUGUGUAUGGAGGGCUGUCAGCGGCUGUACCCGGUGCUGCAGCAGAGUCUCCUGAAGGCGACGAAGCGGAAGAUCCCAGCCCCCGAGACCGCGUGACACCGGUGAAAGAUUUAGGGACAAUUCUUGUACAUUCAGGACUCUGACCACACACAUUCCGUGUAAUGGAGGAUUACUGGACACUGGUCCCUGGAGCUGCUAAGAUCUCCUGGUUGUCACUGCCCCGCCCAAUCACUGACCAGAUGGUUUAUUUUUUUUAUUUUUGU